AAUUGAAGACCUUAGAUAGAACGCUUUCGACUUCCACGGCUGGAGCCGUUCUUUCUUUUCUCUUGACGACAUAUGGCGAAGCCCAAGCAGCUGGAUACUCGACGCAGGUCCCUCUCGGACCCCCUCGCUGCAGCCCUCCUACCUCCGGCAAAUGAAACUGAAGAAGCACGCGAAUUACGGCUGAAGGCUGCAGACGACGCAAAAAGAGUCAGCGAUGGAAUCGACGAGAUGAUAAGGAAUGAGCGCAGCUCGCGGAAGAAGUCGCGUGCGGAGGUACACGUUCUCCUCUUGGGCCAGUACGUGUUCGUUCUCGUCAUUUCUAAUUCGGGCUGGAUGGUCGUCUCAGGUCCGAGUCGGGCAAGAGCACUUGUAUCAAGCAAUUCCAGCUGUUGCAUACCCCGGCUGCCUUUCACGCGGAACGAAUUGCCUGGCGCGCUGUAAUAUACCUCAACUUAGUCCGGUCUAUACGACAAAUUCUGGACGCGCUUCAACCGGAGACUGAGCUCGAAGAACACGAUGACGGAGAUUCACUUGAGACUGCUUCUGUGAUCAUUUCGUCAAGUGGACGACCUCCGUCUGCCAUACUGGGGACAAAAGUUCCGAACUACGAGCGUUAUCGCCGGCGACUGCAACCUCUCGUAGAACUCGAAGCCCGGCUCAUCCGACUGCUCUCCUCUGCGGAUGAGGAAGAAGCGACUCAUCUUGGACCUCAGCCGGCCCCUCCACUUCAAUCAUACGGCAGCGAUGGCAGGCCGACACCCACGAUCUCUAUCCCUCCUUACAGCCAAUCAGCCAACCCUUCACCGCUCGGUACGUCGGCAUCUUCGUCGCCAACCAGCACAAACGAAGUCAGCGUGCAUACCUCUCGCAACUGGAAAAAGGCGUUUUCUCUUGGUGGCGGGAAAGCAAAGAGUCCGAAAAGCGUGCAUUCGAACGAAGUUGAAGGCUGGUGGGAAGAUCCCACCGAUCCCGUUCACGCUCUGAAUGCCUGCGCUCCUUUCAUGCAAGAAAUGUGGAGAGAUCCUGCUGUCCGCCAGCGGCUUCGAGAGAAACGGUUGCGACUGGAGGAGAGCAGCGGAUUCUAUCUGGACGAGAUCCCUCGGAUCACAGCCAAGAUGUAUAUUCCGACUGACGCCGAUGUUCUCAAGGCCAGACUGAAGACGAUGGGUGUUGUCGAGCACACUUUCCUCAUUUCUGCGGGUAGCAACCGCGGAGUGGAAUGGAAGAUAUACGACGUCGGUGGAGCGCGGAACCAGCGGCAAGCAUGGGCACCAUACUUUGAUGACAUGAAUUGCCUGUUGUUCAUGGUGGCGGCUUCGGCCUUCGAUCAGGUGCUGGCUGAGGAUCCUCGGGUCAAUCGUCUGGAAGAUUCCAUACAGCUAUGGCAGUCGGUCGUGUCCAACAAACUGCUUGCUCAAGUGAACAUCGUGCUCUUCUUGAACAAAUGCGAUCUGCUCCAGGCCAAGCUAGAAGCUGGUGUGCGACUGAGCCAUCAAAUGAUAUCCUACGGUGACCGGCCAAAUGAUUAUGAUUCUGUAUCCAAAUAUUUCCGUAACAAAUUUAGCGCGAUCCACCAUGCGAUGACCCCGAACAAGGAGCGAGAACUGUACAUUCAUCUCACGGCCGUAACUGACACAAGGCGCACUGCUACUAUCAUUUCCAACGUCCGGGAUAUCAUUAUCAAGGGCAAUCUCAGGAACAUGAAGCUCGUAUAACGCAUCAAGAAUCUCGCCACUCUUCCACUCAUUUGGCUAACUCACAAAUCUCCCACUUCUAUUAAUACUGUACAUAUCCCAGUUUUUGCUCGCUUGUCUCUCCGCUUGUGUCCCUUGCUUUCCGCACUGAUGUAUCUUACGCGCAUAUCUGACUACGGGUUCUAAUAGCUAUCUCUGUAUACAUUACCACCAAACCAAUAAUAAUGUCCGGAGAGUUGCAGUUGACCACUUUGCCGAUGCGUGACGUCGAUUGCAAAUGUUUCGUGCUUCCAUCCUGCGUGUAUCUUGCUCCCUGCGUCCAACCACUACCAUCCAUCGCUCUCAAUCGAUUCGCCACUUACGAAACUUGAGAUCCAUGUCGUCGCUCAACAUCGUGUCUACUUCCAACGCACCGGCUGCUGUCGGCCCAUACUCCCAGGCAAUCAAACUGGGCGAUCUGCUCUUCUGCUCGGGGUCCAUCCCUCUCGAACCGACAACGGGCACAGUGGUUGACGGUGGUAUCGUUGAGCAGACCGAGCAAGCAAUGAAGAACAUGACGAGUGUAUUGGAAGCCGCGGGAUCGUCGCUGGACAAGGUGGUGAAAACCACUGUGUUCCUCAAGUCAAUGGACGACUUCGUGGUUAUGAACGGCAUCUAUGCUAAGGUGUUCGGGGACCACAAGCCGGCUCGGUCGUGUGUGGAGGUUGCUCGUUUGCCCAAAGACGUGCUUUUUGAGAUCGAAUGCAUUGCCAGCCUCAAGUAGUCAUGUACAGCUGGAAAAUGUAAUUCAAAUGUAUCAAGUUUACAUCAGCUCGAUAACGUUCUUCAAAGUGGUUUCGUCCAGAAUUUCGAAACCCUUCUCCGGUGUAACCUGGGAUACAUUUGAAUAUGAGAUGACCAGAUACGUUUCGACGCACCUGAGCGACCUGGACAUUGUG